AUUUUUAGUUUGGUCAAAGUAUGUAUUUUGCAAAAACAUACACCAUCCUAAUGUCUUUGUAGCUGAAGGAGGCUGUCCAGAUACCACUUUCAUCGAAGAUGCAGUGCACGUUCUUCUAAAAACUCGGCGAAUCCUCAAGUGUUCUUAUCCAUAUGGAUUUUUCUUAGAACCUAAAAGCACAAAGAAAGAAAUUUUUGAACUAAUGCAAACAGACCUAGAAAUGGUCACUGAAGACCUUGCCCAAAAAGUCAAUAGGCCUUAUCUUCGUACACCUCGACACAAGAUCAUCAGGGCAGCAUGCCUUGUGCAGCAGAAAAGGCAAGAAUUCCUGGCGUCUGUCGCUCGUGGGGUUGCUCCUGCAGACUCACCAGAUGCUCCCAGGCGCAGCUUUGCCGGUGGAACAUGGGAUUGGGAAUAUUUAGGAUUUGCAUCACCUGAGGAAUAUGCUGAAUUUCAGUAUCGGAGGAGGCACAGACAGCAGCGCCGUCGAGGAGAUGUGCAUAGCCUGCUCAGUAAUCCUACAGACCCCGAUGAACCAAGCGAAAGCACUUUCGAUCUACCAGAGGGGGGCAGCAGCCGCAGGCCUGGUGCAUCCGUGGUAAGCUCUGCAUCUAUGAGUGUUCUGCACAGCUCUUCCCUGCGUGACUACAGCCCUGCCAGUCAUUCUGCAAACCAGGACUCUCUUCAGGCUCUGAGUUCCUUGGAUGAAGAUGAUCCCAACAUACUCCUUGCCAUACAAUUGUCACUGCAAGAGUCUGGGCUGGCCAUCGAUGAAGAAACCAGAGACUUCCUUAGCAGUGAAGCAUCCCUAGGAGCCAUAGGCACAUCUUUACCUUCCCGACUGGACUCUGUGACUCGGAGCACAGAUAGUCCUCGGGCUGCGCUGAGCAGCUCUGAGCUGCUGGAACUUGGUGACAGCCUCAUGAGACUAGGAGCAGACAGUGACCCGUUUUCAACUGACACUUUGAGUUCACGCCCUCUCAGUGAGACAAGAAGUGAUUUUUGUCCCUCUUCCAGUGACCUUGACUCAGCUGGCCAGGACCCCAGUGCCAAUGACAAUCUUCUUGGCAAUAUUAUGGCUUGGUUUCAUGACAUGAACCCUCAGAGUAUCGCCCUGAUUCCUCCAGCAGUAACCACAGAGACGAGUGCUGAGCCUCAUCCUCCCUGUUCAAGAGAUGGGUCUGAAGGUGUGAGGGACAUGGAGCUGGUGCCGCCAGAAGACUCAGUGUCCAAAGAUGCUGCUGAUCAUGAAGGGAAAAGAACCCAGAUGGGAGAAAAUCCUCUGGAAGAGAAUACUCUGGCCGGGGAAGAGUUGUCUCAAGCUGGUGACAGUAGUAAUGAGGCAGUGAGCAGGGGGGACGGGCCAGAUGGUGUCAGUCAAACCCCUCAGACCUCAAGCGACUGGCUCGAGCAAGUACAUUCAGUAUGAAUUGCACACAUUUGCUCUCCGGGUGAAUCAUAGUACAGGGGUCUGGGAGGUGGAGUAUGCUUUAGAGAGACUUUAAUGCACUUAAUUUGAACUCGGUUAUAAACCACUGAUGUUAGAGUUGAAUGCAGAGGGGUUCCCUCAGAUGAUAGCUGCAGUGUCAAGUUUAACCUUACAGGGAAUUUCUUUUGUGUCUAUCCCCCUUUUUAGUGUCAAAAAAGAGCAGGAGAAAACACAUGGAAUGAAUGGGUUGACACCCACAUUCUAAGAGAAUGCAGCGCUCUGUCUAGCCUAGAGUUGGCAGUACUUAAGUUGACCAUUUCAAUCAAAAGCUUCCUCUUUAUUCCUUACAUGGCUUCCUCUUUUUCAUAGAAAUGAAGAGGUUUUUUUUAUUGUAGAAGUUGGGCCAGACAGUUCUGAUCACGUGUCUUCAGUGUCUGUCUCAUCUCCAGGGGCCUUCUUCCCUCCUGUUGUCCAAGCAGUGUGAGCUGAGGUGUCCGUGCUGCUUUUAGUGCUGCAUCUACCAGUGUGAGUAGUUUCUGUUUCACAUGAUGAAAGAUUCCUUCUCAUGUCUCUUCACAGUCCAAUUGUGCCAAACUCUGACUCAUGCGCUGACUGACAGGGCGGGUAGGUGUGCUGCUUCCUGGUGUGCUCCAGGGCAGUGUCAGUGUGCUCGGGAGUAAAAGGUGCCACCCGGUAACAGUAACUGUCCAGAAAUUAAUGGGCUUUUGUUGCCAUGGAGACUGCAUUUAAAUAAAUGUAGCCUGUAGCUUAAGUAAACUAAAGCUAAUGCUGCUGUUAAAACAGUUUAUUUUAAUAUUAAAAUACAGUUGAUUAGCAACAGCGGUGCUGUAUUUAAGAGACACUUUAUUGGAAGUGCAAUCAUAGUUCUUUGUUUUCACAGUUUUACAGUGCAUUCUAAUUACUAACGGGUGCAAUUACUUUUAAUGGUGUUUUAUAACAUAGAAAAACUGGAGUUUUCAUGAGUUACAGUAAAUCCCACAGUUAUUAAAAAAUUCAAUACAACAUCCUACACAACAUGUUACCGUGCCUUUGCCUAACCUAAACGGAUAGUUGCCAGUUAAGUAAGUCAGUAAUUCCAAUCUCAAUGUCUUUCUGAAGUAACUAUGCUAUGAAUUGCAAAGACCUCCAUGAAACCACCCAUGGCCUUGCUUUUACAGUAACUAUGACAACUAAGUGUUCAGUUCGUUUGCCUAGAUAGCAAAUGCUACUGUGUUUGUUCUCUUGCGCAAUACUCAUUUGCUGUUUGAUCACUGUUUAGUAUUGAAAACUCAGCCUCCUAGUUAUCAGUGUCCUACUGUGAAGAAAUACUGGUCUUAGUUGUAAUUACGAUACAGUGGUCCAGUGUGUAAUUAAACUAGAGUAAACUGUUGGAAUGGCUCUUGUACUUACAUUAUUAAAGCUAGCAUAACAUAAGCAACAUAGAUCCAAGGAGUGCUCCUGGAGUGCUUUGCCACAUUGUUACCAGAAACCAAAAUCUCUAUGCUAAGUGUGUACAGGGAAGUCCUCGGCCAAGUGAAAGAUUGUCUUUAAUAUUGGUAUCCACAACUAUCACUUUUCAUUACCUCUUUUUCAAACUUUGUUUUUGAAAUAUUCAUGUACUUUGAUUUCAUCUGGCCAAGAAGACAUUGUACUUGAGGAUUUAAUUGGUAAUUGUUCAUGGAUAUCAAGAGUCCCAAUGGGUUUUUUUUCUCCAGUUAUCACGACAUUGAUAUGAAUCCCUAUUAAAGUUAGUGGGGGGAAAUGCUAACUUUGUCUACAGUGUAUUACUGUAUAUUAAACUAAAAUAGUCCAUUAAAGGAUUUUUUAUUUGGAUUAAAAAUAUGAAUACCUUAAAACUUCUAGACCAGGCUGUAACUUUUCCAGUAGAAAGCACUUGCAUCCCUAGAGGGAUCUAGCACAGCCGUGGGGGGGAGAGUGAGUACCCAGUGGCUAGGAGGGGGAUUCCUGUGGAGGAGGUGUAUAUACAUGCAGAGGAGGGGUGCCUGCAGAGAUCCAUGGGUGCGGGGCUCCUGUUCCUUCACCUUGUGCAGUGCCUGUUAUGAUGUGCUGGGUUCCUGAGUGUGAAAAACUAGGGUUAUCCAGUUUGUAUUUCCUUGGUACAUAUUUUAAAAACAACACAGUCGUUGACUUUCCAAUUCAGUAAUAAAGUUUGGCAAAGCCUAUUUUGUAAACAAGUUAAUUUUAUAAUGUAAAAAAAGUUAAUCUAAUCUUGACUUGUUAUUUGCACUUUCAUAGUCUAUACUUGAUACAUUCCCACUUUAUAUACAGUAGGAUUCUACAGACCUGUAGAUGUUUGGCCAAAUGAAUGCUGUUAAUAAUAUGUAAAAUUCUUUGAUUAAACAUUUAUUACUUAAACUAUUUCCAUUUUGUCUCAUUAAAUUAUAAAUUUCAUUUAAAACUAAUUAGGAAGCAAAUCUUGCUUUAUAUUAAAUACCCUCCAAUAUGACAGUAUUAAUUUGGUUCUGUUAUGUAAUUGAAUAGUGCCUAAUAUUUUUACAGUAGCCCAUUUGCUGAAAAUUGUAUACCCCAGAGGUAAAUUUGAUUUCACUAUGACAUGUAUUAAAAUUAAGAAAUUUGAUAAAUCUGAUUUCGUUUGAUAACAGUAUGUUAAAAUUAUGAAUUUAGUGCUCAUUUUCAUUUCUAUAGUUUUAUGAGGAAUAUGUUAUGAUUUCCUUGGAAUCAAACAGAGAAAAAGUAAUACAGAACUUCCAGACCUAUUUUGUGGAAUUGGGAGGAAGAAAUGUAUGCCAUAUGAAUAAAAUGUCAUGCUUCUCACCACCUCA